CUGAGGAAACAAAACUUAUCUUUGUUUGUGUUUCUGUGUGUGAGAAAGAGAUCAUCACUACCACUCCAGCAUGGCCCAGCAGGGAGUUGUGCUGGACCAGGACCAGUUCUGCUGUUCUAUCUGUCUGGACCUCUUAAAGAAUCCUGUCACCCUCGCCUGUGGCCACAGCUACUGUAGCAGCUGUAUCGAGGGCUACUGGGACCAGAAUGAGCAAAAAGGAGUCAACAGCUGCCCCCAGUGCAGACAGAGCUUCCCUCUGAGGCCUGUUCUGAAGAGGAACAACAUCAUUGCUGAGGUGGUGGAGAAGCUGAAGGAGACAGGAGGAGCCCAGGCCGCCCCCUCUGAGCUGACCAGUCCAGCUGGGCCAGGAGAGGUGACCUGUGACCUCUGCACCGGGCCCAGGAAGCAGAGAGCCCUGAAGUCCUGUCUGGUCUGUGUGGUGUCCUACUGCCAGACUCACCUCCAGCCCCACUACCAGGUCCCUGGACUGAAAAAACACAAGCUGGUGGAAGCCACGUCUGGACUGCAGGAGAUGAUCUGCUCCAGUCAUGACAAGCUGCUGGAGGUCUUCUGUCGGACAGACCAGCAAUGUAUUUGCAUGCUGUGUACCAUGGAUGAACAUAAAGGCCAUGACAUAGUAUCAGCCAAAGCUGUAAGGCAGGAGAAACAGAACAAGCUAGUCCGGAGUCAGCAGGAAGUCCAGCAGAGAGUCCAGCAGAGAGAGAAGGAGCUGAAGGAGCUCCAACAGGCUGUGGAGUCUCUCAAGCUCUCUGGACAGACAGCAGAGAAGCUCAGUGAGACGAUCUUCAUUGAUAUGGUCCAUUCCAUUAUGAGAAGGCGCUUUGAGGUGAACUAUCUGAUCACAGCCCAACAGGGAGCAGCAGUGAGUCAGGCUGAAGGACUGCUGGAGAGACUGGAGCAGGAGAUAGCUGAGGUGAGGAGGAGAGACGCUGAGUUGGAGAAGCUCUCCCACACAGAGGACAACAUCCUCUUCCUCCAGAACUACCAGUCUCUCUCCAGUACUAGUGUAUCUUCAGAUGUCCCCAGUCCCCCCACAAACUAUGUCCCUCCUGUUCAGUACUUCAAACAUGUGACUGAGGUGGUCUCUGAGCUGAGAGAGAAACUAGAGGAGCUGAUCCAGAGAGAGUGGUCCAACAUCUCCACCACAGCCCCAACUCCACCUCCACCUCCAACUCCAACUCCACCUCCAGAGCCAGCUCCAGAGCCAGCUCCAGAUGGAUACAUUGUGACAACAAAGAGGUCAAUCCUCUGGGUGUUCCUGGCGUUAGUGAUUUAUCUGAUACUGCAACACAAUCCAGCUCCAGACGGUUACAUUUUGACAACAAGCUCAAUCUUGGUGGUGUUCCUGGAGUUAAUGAUCAUUCUGAUACUGCACUAUCAUCCAGUCUCCACAGUGGAAGUGUUCCUGCCUCUAGAGCCCAAGACCAGAGCAGACCUCUUAUCAUAUUCCUGUCAGCUGACACUGAACCCAAACACAGCACAUAAACUCCUCUCUCUGUCUGAAGAGAACAGGAAGGUGACAUGUAUAAGGCGUCGGCAGCAGCGAUAUCCUAACCAUCCAGAGAGGUUCACCAGGUGCUGUCAGGUGCUGUGUAGAGAGGCUCUGUCUGGACGCUGUUACUGGGAGGUGGAGUGGAGAGGUGACGAUGUUCACAUAGCAGUCUCCUAUAAAGACAUCAGCAGGACAGGCGACAACUCCUACUUUGGUAGCGAUGACAAGUCCUGGGUGUUACGCUGCUCUAGUGGUGGUUACACUUUCAGACAUAACAGUGUUGAUACUGCAGUACCAGGCCCUCAGUCCUCCAGAGUAGGAGUGUACCUAGAUCACAGGGCAGGUACUCUGUUCUUCUACAGUGUCAUCUCUGAAAUUAUGAUCCUCUUCCUCAGAGUCCAGACCACCUUCACCCAGCCACUCUAUUUUGGAUUUUGUCCUGGUAUCAAUGACAGUGCAAAGAUUAUUAAGUUGUUGUAGAGCGGUUUUAUGUAGUACAUUUACAUUUUAUUCAUUUAACUGAAGGUUUUAUCCUAAAUGACGUGACAAGCAAAUAGAGGACUAAUGUAAAGGAGUGACACUUUCAUACCAUCAUUCUGAGCAUGGUGAUUAUUUCUGUUAGUUAUAGUCAUUGCGUUUUUGUUCUUAAUAACGGAUUAAAUAUUGUUUGCAAGCAAUGAAUUUUAGCUCUGAUGGGAAAAAUAUAAAAUUGUGUACUUCCUCUCUUGCAACUUGGUAAAAUUACAUUUUGAAUGACCAUGUACUAAUGUUAGGGUACAUCAUGUUGUACUCACUAUUAAGAUUUCAUGACUAUAGUUGGUUACAAUGGACCUGAACAGCUGAAUAAAGACACGAGAAGCUGAACUACAUA